AGAAAACUCACAGUCUCUCCUGCUGUGGGUAAGCUGAACAAGGAGAAAAGUUUGUGUUGGCCAUGCCGGAGAAACAAGACACCCCUCUGAGGCCACUGCAGCCACAAACACAAUGCCUUCAGUGUGGAGACAUGCUGGAGUGGUCAGAGGAGCACAGUGUCCCCCUUGGCUGCUCGUGUUGUUCUACAGUGGAUGAGACUAUUGUGAAUGUAGCCAGAGGCCUGGCUAACAAAAUGAAGGAGAAAACUCACUGGGCUGCUGGGAGAGUGGGUGACAUUGACUUUAUUGGACCUACAAAGACUAAAGGAAAGUUUGUGAGGGUGUGCAGCAACACAGACCCAGUUUUGAUUUACAAGAUGCUGACAGAGGACUGGGGCCUCUCUCCUCCACACUUGGUAGUGGCGUUGGUGGGAGGAGAUGAGCUGGCUCAGAUGAAGCCCUGGCUCAGGGACACUCUUAGGAAAGGACUUGUGAAAGCUGCACAGAGCACAGGGGCAUGGAUUUUAACUAAUGGCCUUCGCUUUGGCAUCACUAAGCAUUUGGGCCAGGCAGUAAGAGAUCACUCCCUGGCCAGCACCUCCUCUAAAGUUCGUGUUGUAGCCAUUGGCAUCGCACCCUGGAACAUGAUCCACAACCGAGAGGCUCUUCUCACUGCCAAGGUUGAUGAGCCUGUAGCAUACACACCACAGGACUUGCCCCAUGGUGCAGUGUAUUCCCUGGACAGCCACCAUUCCCACUUUGUGUUUGUGGAAGAGGAUCCCAACAGACCAGGAGCCACCAGUGAAAUGAGAGUGAAGCUUCUCAAACACAUCUCCCUUCAGCGCACUGGUUAUGGAGGAACAGGAAGUUUUGAGAUCCCUGUUCUGUGUCUCCUGGUCCAUGGGGAGCCCAGAAUCCUAAAGAGGAUGUGUAAGGGCAUUGGAAAUUUCACACCGUGGCUGAUUCUGGCAGGCUCUGGAGGCGUGGCUGACAUCCUAGUCACGCUGAUGAACAGAGGCUGCUGGGACGCAGACAGCGUUCAUGAGCUGCUGUUGGACACCUUUCCCAAUGCCCACCACAGCACAGACAUCAGUAACUGGGUCAAGCUGAUCCAAAAGAUACUUGAUCACAGGCAUCUUCUGACUGUCCACGACCCUGAACAGGAAAGUUCCGAGCUGGAUACUGUCAUUCUGAAAGCUCUUGUCAAGGCUUGUAAGAGUCAAAGUCAAGAAGCUCAAGACUUUCUGGAUGAGCUAAAGCUGGCAGUGGCCUGGAACAGAGUGGACAUUGCCAAGAGUGACAUCUUUAAUGGAGAUGUGGAGUGGAAGGCUUGUGACCUUGAGGAAGUGAUGAUGGAUGCCCUUGUCAACGACAAACCAGACUUUGUGCGCCUCUUUGUGGACAACGGGGUGAACUUGGGGGAGUUCCUCACCUACGGUCGCCUACAGGAGCUUUACUGGUCUGUGUCAGAGAAGAGCCUCCUUCACAACCUGCUUCUGAAAAAAUAUGAAGAGAAGCAGCUCUUGGUAGGGGCAGCAAGGACACCUGGUCCACCAGGAUACCAUCCCUCUGAGCAAGGGAAACCCCGCUUCACCCUGUUUGAAGUCGCCAAAGUCCUGAAGGAUUUUCUGCAUGACUCCUGCAAAGGCUUUUAUCAAAAGAUACCAGCAGAGAAGCCACCAAAGGGCCGACUGUUCCAUAGCCAGAAGAACCUGCCUGAGCUGGAGGAGCACUGUGAACAUCCUUGGCGAGAUCUUUUUCUCUGGGCCGUUCUUCAGAACCGACAGCAGAUGGCUAACUACUUUUGGGCCAUGGGACCCGAGGCAGUUGCAGCAGCCCUGGCAGGAUGUAAGAUUCUGAAAGAGAUGGCACGUCUGGAAUCUGAGGCUGAGUCUGCACGCAGUAUGAAGGAGGCCAAGUACGAGCAGUUUGCCCUUGAUGUCUUUGGAGAGUGUUAUUCCAACAGUGAAGACAGGGCCUAUGCUUUGUUAGUAAGAAGAACACACUGCUGGAGUAAAUCCACUGUUCUCAACUUGGCAACUGAGGCUGAUGCCAAAUCUUUCUUUGCCCACGAUGGAGUUCAGGCUCUCCUCACAAAGCUUUGGUGGGGUGCGAUGACAACAGACACCGCCAUCUCCAAACUUGUGGUCUCUUUCUUCUUUCCACCCCUUAUUUGGACCAACCUCAUUAUGUUUAGUGAUGAAGAACUGGAUAAUCGUGAUGGUAAAAAGGAAUUUGUGGAGCUGGACAGCCUUGAUACAGAAAAGGCUUUACUGCUAACAGAUGACGAUGGUCCUUUGGAUGCUGCACCUGGAGGUCAGACAUCCCAGAGCUGUGCCAGUGUUUGGUGGCGCUUCCUGCUCCGCCGCUGGCGUCGCUUCUGGAGUGCUCCUGUCACUGUGUUCCUUGGCAAUGUCAUCAUGUACUUCGCCUUCCUCUGCCUCUUCACUUAUGUUCUUCUUCUGGACUUCAAGAAUCCACCCAAUGGUCCUAAAGUUCCAGAGAUAAUGCUCUAUUUCUGGGUGUUCACCUUGGUACUGGAAGAAAUUCGACAGAGUUUCUUCACUGACGAAGAAAUGAACAUCCUAAAGAAGUUUAAGCUCUACGUAGAGGACAACUGGAACAAGUGUGACAUGGUGGCCAUCUCACUCUUUGUUGUUGGGGUUUCCUGCAGGAUGUCGAAAGAUACCUUUGAAGCGGGACGGACAGUCCUGGCCAUAGAUUUUAUGGUUUUUACUCUACGUCUCAUCCACAUCUUUGCCAUACAUAAGCAACUUGGCCCCAAGAUCAUCAUUGUGGAAAGAAUGAUGAAAGAUGUUUUCUUCUUCCUCUUUUUUCUGAGUGUGUGGUUAAUUGCUUAUGGCGUAGCUACGCAGGCUCUCCUCCACCCUAAUGACCCAAGGAUUGACUGGGUGUUUCGUAGAGCCUUAUACCGCCCUUAUCUGCACAUAUUUGGCCAAAUUCCACUGGAUGACAUAGAUGCUGCCCGAAUGCCAGAUAUUAACUGCACCACUGACUCAGAUGAGAUUCUCAUGGGUCUGUAUCCGCCAUGCCCCAAUAAGUACGCCAACUGGCUGGUCAUUCUCCUGCUAGUUAUCUUCCUGCUUGUCACCAAUGUGCUUCUGCUCAACCUCCUUAUUGCAAUGUUCAGCUACACCUUCCAAGUGGUGCAGGGUAAUACAGACAUCUUCUGGAAGUUCCAGAGAUAUAACCUGAUUGUGGAGUACCACAGCCGGCCUGCGCUGGCCCCACCCUUCAUCAUCAUCAGCCACAUCUCUCAGCUCAUCCUUUGCAUGGUUAAACGGCCUGAGUCCAAGCAAGAACAUCUUGAGAGGGAGCUGCCAGCAGGACUCGACCAGAGGCUCAUAACAUGGGAGACGGUGCAGAAAGAGAAUUACUUGGCAAAAGUGGAGCGCCAGCACUGGGAGAGCAGUGAGGAGAAACUCAAGACUACCUCCUCGAAGGUUCAGAGCUUGCUAAAGAUCGUUGGUGGUUUUAAGGACCAAGAGAGGCGACUGGUAUCAGUGGAAGCUCAGGUUCGAUAUUGUGGAGAAGUGCUGUCCUGGAUGGCAGAGUGCUUUGCGCAGAGCACACUCAAAUGUGAAAAAGAUGCUCCAAAACCUCCAACAUCUCUAACAGGCAGCAAGGCAGACCGCACUUCAGACACACCUCAAAGUCACUCUGAGCAAGAAGCCAGACAAGAAGAGGAAGAAUCCAAACCUGGUCACCCAGGAUAUGGAGCCAACAAGAAAUUUCCAUACAUUGAUGAAUAAUAG